UUAGAGCCCCUGUAGAUCAAGUCUUUACUUUGGACAAGAAAGGGACGAUCAUUUCCGGACAGGCAGAUCACCGCCACACUCUGGACGGGUUCACACAGGCUACAGGUAAUCCCUCAUCGGGAAACAUCCUCCUCCUCAGCCUAUUGGAGCUUUAUUUUAAGAAAGCUAGACUGGGUAUCUCGUCCUCAUAUGCUGACUUGUGAUUCGUGAAAUCGCACUGAGGAUAUUGGCUGGAGGCUAGAUGCUAAUUUAGACUCAUGAGUAAGCAAAUCAAACCUGUUUGCUGAUCUGCGGGGAAGAUUUUCUCACAUCUUUUCCCCUUACAUCUUGUAUUAUUACGUAGAUUUCUGGUGCGUUUCUGACUCCACAGUGGGAGUGUUUUCACGCAGCAUUAGCCGAACAGAUCUUUUGUCACAGAGCGACCACCUGCGCUUGGAAAAACCGGCAAAAGGCGGUGGCUGUCCAGGCGUGCGGAGCUGAAGAAAAAAACAUACAAGAAGCUGAGCAUCUGUGCAGCUACUGCUCCCCCUAGAAACCUCAUAGCUCCCCCCGCCUGCAAGGCAUGUCUACCGCCGGGGAAGUACCAGCUUUCUUCAAGAGCAUGGGCUCUGACAGCCCCGCCAGGCCCAGGCAGAAAUUCUGUGGCAUGUUCUGCCCGGUGGAAGGCUCCUCGGACAGCAAGACGCUGGACUUUGAUGCUCUGUCGGCGUGCAGGGGUAAGAGUGACGGCCGAGUCAUUGACCGGCAGACCGACAUCUCCCAGCCGAGGAAGGUGGAGAUCAGGGAGAGCACUGGGAAAGAAGCUCUACAGAAUCUGGAUGAUAAAAGGAGUGACCGUCUCCUGAUCAAAGGGGGGAAGAUCGUUAAUGAUGACCAGUCCUUCUGUGCUGACAUCUACAUGGAGGAUGGAGUCAUCAAACAAAUCGGGGAAAAUCUCAUCGUGCCCGGCGGGGUGAAAACCAUCGACGCCCACGGCCGCAUGUUGAUGCCGGGCGGCAUCGAUGUGCACACGCGCUUCCAGAUGCCCGAUCGAGGCAUGACGGCCGCCGAUGACUUCUACCAGGGCACCAGGGCCGCUCUGAGCGGAGGCUCCACCAUGAUCAUCGACCAUGUGAUCCCGGAGCCCGGCGUCAGCCUCAUGUCGGCCUUCGAGCAGUGGCGUGAAUGGGCCGACAGCAAGUCCUGCUGCGACUACUCGCUGCACGUCGACAUCACAGAGUGGCACAAAGGCAUCCAGGAGGACAUGGAGGCGCUGGUGAAGGAUCACGGUGUCAACUCUUUCCUGGUCUACCUGGCUUAUAAGGAUGUUUUCCAGCUUACUGACGCUCAGGUGUACGAGGUGUUCAGUGUGAUCCGCGACCUGGGAGCCAUCGCCCAGGUGCACGCUGAGAACGGAGACAUCGUAGCUGAGGAGCAGCAGAGGAUCCUGGAGCAGGGCAUCAGUGGGCCUGAGGGACACGUGUUGAGCCGUCCUGAGGAGGUGGAGGCGGAGGCUGUGAACCGCUCUGUGACCGUGGCCAAUCAGACCAACUGCCCUCUCUACAUCACCAAGGUGAUGAGCAAGAGUGCUGCUGAUGUCAUCGCCCAGGCCAGGAAGAAGGGCACUGUGGUCUACGGAGAGCCAAUCACUGCGAGCCUGGGAACAGACGGCUCUCACUAUUGGAGCAAGAACUGGGCCAAGGCAGCCGCCUACGUCACCUCCCCUCCUCUGAGCCCCGACCCCACCACGCCAGACUAUCUCAACUCCCUGCUCUCCUGUGGUGACCUGCAGGUGACAGGAAGUGCACACUGUCCCUUCAACACCGCCCAGCGCGCUGUGGGCAAAGACGACUUCACCUUGAUUCCUGAAGGAGUCAAUGGUACCGAAGAGAGGAUGUCCAUCAUCUGGGACAAGUGUGUGGUGACGGGUAAGAUGGAUGAAAACCAAUUUGUAGCAGUGACCAGCACCAACGCCGCCAAGAUCUUCAACCUGUACCCCCGUAAGGGUCGUAUCGCCGUGGGUUCAGACGCCGACCUGGUGCUGUGGGACCCGGACGUCACGAAGAUUAUCUCCGCUAAGAGCCACAACUCGACUGUGGAGUACAACAUCUUUGAGGGCACGGAGGUGCGCGGCGGGCCUCUGGUGGUGAUCAGCCAGGGCAAGAUCGUCCUGGAGGAAGGGACCCUCCACACCACCGAGGGCUCGGGACGCUACGUGGCCCGCAAACCUUUCCCUGACUACGUCUACAAGAGGAUAAAGGCUCGCAGCAGGCUGGCUGAGCUGAGGGGCGUUCCCAGAGGACUGUACGACGGGCCGGUCUGCGAGGUGUCCGUCACCCCUAAAGCCAUGACUCCUGCUUCCUCUGCCAAGACUUCACCUGCCAAGCAGCCCAACCAGCCGGUCCGCAACCUGCACCAGUCUGGCUUCAGCCUAUCAGGUGCUCAGGUUGAUGACAACAUUCCUCGCCGAAACACUCAGCGCAUCGUGGCGCCACCAGGCGGCAGGGCCAACAUCACCAGCCUGGGUUAAAGCUCCGCCCUCGGCCGCUGAGGAGGAAACAAAGAUCGAAGGACGGACGGCCGACCAACAAAGAGCUGAGGGGUUGAGGAGCCACGUCACGACACCGGGAGCCGAACCCUUCGCCGCACCGGGCCCUCCGCCAGCCUCGAUCUUUCACCUCCUCCUUCGCCGCUUCUCACGUACCCACUCUCCUCCUCCCCAAAACCUGAUCCUAGAGGACACAGUUAGAAACAAAAACAACAAAAAAAGGUCUGCCUCAUAUGAUGAAAAAAGAGAAAAAAAUGAAAACACUCCUUAUUUGAGCACUUUUGACUGCAUUAUUUUUGUUUUUUUAUACCGUACUUUCUCCCUGCCAUGUAUCCUUUUGAUGUCUGUUGUUUUAAUAGAGGGGUCAAGUGAGACUAAACUGAAUUAACACAGUUAAGAGAAGAGGAACAUUUUCAUGCAGGAUGUCCAUUGUAUUUCCAUUCUUCCUUUUCAUUUUGGGAGUAGUUUUAAAUGGGUACAAAACCAGUAUGUUCUUUACUUAAAUACGUGUAGGUUGCUUUAAAUUGAACAGUCUUACAGUGUAUUCAGCCGAAAAGAAUCAAACGUUUCUUCCAAGCUGUCGACUAUCUGUGAUUUGUAUUAUGUUGCAUUUCAAUUGCUUCACUUCCCAGUGCAUCGCCAUCUGUCACACACUGCUGAAAUCAAUAUCCAAUUGAUUAUUCGCCAUGAGGACGGCCUUAAGGUUUGAGAAAUUGCACCACACGGCAAUCUUUUAUGAUAGACUCUGGCUGCACUGGCUCUCAUCUCAUGUGUGUGUUUCCCACCUGUGGCUUUGCUAAGGUACAUAAGUAAAAAAACAUAUUCCAUAUUUGGCAGCUGCCUUAGAGCCUGUGAGUCUUGUUUAGCAGAAGGAGCUUUGGCAGGUAGUAAAUAGAGCUUUAUGCCUCAUUUCUGAGAGAUAAGUGGGAAAAUUGAGGGAAAGAUUUAGGGAAAUAGAAAGAUGUACUCGCUGUCACUUCAAACUUUCCUGGCCUUAUUGUCUCUUAACACCGUCCUUUUUAAAAGAACUGUUAGAGGUGCAAGGAAGGUGCCACAUUCACUACGCAGCUACUUGUUUGCAUUCCUGUACAUCAUAAAAGGUCCAUUCACAUUUUGAUUGACAGCUGUCGAAGCAUCUGAUAUCCGUCCAUCACCAACCAGUGCAUUUACAUACAGAAUGUUUCUCCUCCUCCAAAUGUGACUGUUUUAUACUCAUCCAAAUCCCUCUUUCUUUUCUACUCUUUAUGUGCCUGAACCCACAGAAGUUGUACUGAUAGUUUGAUUUUUCUUGUUUUGUUAUUCUUAUUGAGGUAAGUGAAGGAUGUAAGAUAAAAAAAAGAGGUUGUAAAAUAGCCAGGAUAAACCGAUUCAAAGGUGCCAGAUUUUGCGCUUUCAUAGGGCCUAUUCUGCCGGUAGAGCCCCUGUAAAGACGAAAAAUGCUCGAUAUCUUGAAAUGUUCUAAUGUUUUAGAGUUUUUAACUUGUUGUCAAACUGCUUUUUAGUGUCAUUCUGUAACUAGGUGCCUAAGGGCUGAGCACUAUUGAUUUACGCUUGAAAGUAGACAUGAGCUAAUGUACUUCUGAUUAGUGUGCAGUGUUGAUGUGUGAGGAAUGGGACACGCACAGCAGCCUCCUGUACAGCACUCCUUACUGUGUUGUGGAUGUGAUAUUGUUCUGGGCUGUGCUGAGCACUCAUAGGUCCUUUUUUUCUAGCAUGAUCUGGUUUUCAUUAAGCCAAGCAACUGAUUUCCUGUGUUAGUUCUUAUGUCAACGAGGUCUUGGCCACCAGUCACCAUCUCUCUGCAGCCUUUUUUUUCUUCCCCAUGACUCAACACGGAGCAACAAGCUCACCCUGACAUGAACAUGGGGGCCAGUUACAUAAAGAUUAGUCUGUGCUUUGGACUGCUCUUUAAUUAUUUAGACUAGUCUGAUGGAGACUAUCUCCUGCGUAAAUAUUAACACACAUUUUUAGGCAAAAGCUAUAGCUUUAGUCAGCUUUAAAGCAACUAUGAGGAACUUUUUUAUUCUGUUGAUUCUGGCGACCCCUGUGGACAAAAACGGUAGUGUUUCUAUGAACACCACCACCUCUUGUUGUAAAGAUCUUGAUCAGGCUGCACAUGCAUUUGUUUUGGAAGCCAGACGCAACUUUUUAAAAUCUUUAACACUAUUUUUCUUUUUUAAACAGCUGUUUGCAUGAUGCAUUUCAAUGCGGUAAUGUAUCUCUUUGUGGCUAUGUAAGAUUAAUAACUAAUAUGACGAUGAAGAAACAAAGUUUGUUUUAGGCUGGUAUCAUGAAUGGUUUGUAGUUAUUCCUAUGGGAAGAAAUGCACUGGAAAUUUGUUACGCUGCAAAACUUUUCGUAAGAAAUCACACGAACCAGUUCAUGUUGAUGCAUCAUUUACACACCUGUCUAAGAGGAAAAAGGGCUACUUCAGAAUCAGUUUUGAAUCCCACAAUUCUCUCAAUCUGUUGACUAUCACUGUCCCUUUUAGCUUAUAAUGCCAAAAAUAAAAUCCUCUAAAGAAAUACCUCCUCCUGCUUCCUUUCAUGCAAAAAAUUGCUUGGAAAAUAUGUAAAUAGACUAUUUCUUAAAUUGGUUUAUCUAAUCUGACAGACAUUAGGGAAAUAGCCACAGUAAUCUUCUCACUGAUGGUCUAAUUUGUAUGUGCAGAUCAUUUAUAUGCAUCAGCAUAACAUUGAGACUGUUUCUGUUGCCUUGUAGUUGCUUUAAGCUUAUGCAACUGGCCCCUGACUCACUCACACAUAUGCAGACAUAUAGAUAUGUGAACGACACCACCUCUGUUUGUGCUUUCAACCCCAGUUUUUCCUCUCUCCUAUAGAAGGCAAAGCCUGUCAGAGUUAUGAAUGGUUUAUGUAUUUGAAGAAUCCAAAGCAGAGGGGAUGAAACAUGUCUCUGAAGCAAAGAUGAGACGAGAUAGGAAUGGGAAAAACUUGAUCUCCACGGCAACUUGAGCAUCACAACAACACAGUUUUUGUAAGUGAGGAGUGGGGAAUGUGACCCUGUGUGUCUGACUAAUGAUCACUCACAGUGGUCUACUGUUGCCUCUUUUCCUUUUUUUAAAUCAUCUUAAUAAGGGGUCCAAGCCCGAGGGGGCUGGGAACACCAUUGUAAUGGCUCUGAUUUUUUUUAUCCUUCUGUUGAAAAAAGUGGUACUGCAGUAUACACUGUUUACAUCACAACAGUGACAUUUACAGGGCAGGUAUAGAGCUCUGUACACAGGGCAGGUACCAAAAAUGACAUGUCCACCAGCAGGUGUCGCUAUAAUCAAGGCAAGCUCGCUUUGGCCUGUAACUCUGGCAUAGUAUGUUGCACGUUAAAAAAUCUUACAUGCACAUGUUCCCUGAGUUCAGCUGAAUUUUAUAAUAUAGCCCAAAAAUUCAGAAAACAGCUAUGCUACUUUUUCGAAACCCUUAAAGGUGCAGUGUCCAAUUUGCGUCUUGCAUAUUUGUCAGUUUUGAUAAACUACAACUUACUACUACUUUCUCAAACUCCUCCUAGGCCCGUAGUCUUAUGUAUCAUAAUUAUUUGUACGAAAUUUGAUGCCAAAUGGCCACUAGGUGGCACUGUACCAAAAAAUGCAAAAGGUAUAAAGAAAACGAACAAAAAAAAAAGUUGUGAUUUCAUAUCUCUACUAAACUUUAACAAAAAGUUGAAACAUUUACCAAACUUUUUUCCAACUUAUCUUAGUGUGUCAGUCCAAUUCACUAUUGCACAUAAUUAAAAAGGCUUGGACCCCUAGUCAACAUUAUACUGAUAAAAAAAAAAUCUGUUUUUAGCUUCCCUCUCUUUAUUUCUCUCUCCUACAGCACUGUUACUUUAGGCGGGAGAGUAUUUGGGUGAAGAGAUGGAAGUUGAAGUCCUAACCAGGAAUACAUUUUGGCAGCAAGCAAAGCUCUCCUAAGAGUAAUAGCAUGCUCCUUGUAUUUUUGUAUUUUCCGCGUCACUCCUUCCUUUCAGUUUGUCUUUCAUUCCCCCCUUUCUUUCUUUCUUUCACUCUCCCCCUCCCUCCUUCCCUCCUUCCCUUCCUCCCUCUUUGGCUCUUUCGUUGUUUCUGGCUGUUGCCGAGGCAACAGACCCCUCCACUCUCACAGGGUUCUGCUUUUUGUUUGUCAUAGCAACGCGGUCUGUGCAAACACACACACACACACACACACACACACACACGUUUUUAUAAUUAUUCUGUGACAGUUCUGCACCAUUUCUACAUAAUCCUGUGCUGAGUUGUGUUGAAUCCAGAAUCCCCUGCUGCUUAAAAAGAGUUGAAAGCACACAACAGACUAUAAAAGAAACACACACACUCACACUCUGAAACACACACACACACACACACACACUCACACCAAACAGCCGUUGCUGUGAUGCAGCACCCAUGCCUGAAGAAUUGACUUGGACAUUAAAACCCAGCUGUCAGCACUGGCAUCCUCACCGUGUCCCAUGCCUCCUCGAUGUACACGCACUAAAACACACACUUAUACU